AUGGACGCCCAACUCUUUGCUCUCCUGCGAUGUUUCUUUUCUCUGACUUCACCCAGUGAACUUCAAUUUCCCGAUAAUUGCUCUCUGACUCAAAUAAAUAAUUUUCUUGUUAACAAUAUUUUGCUUAAUGACCAUUUCAGGGCCUAUCCACCCUCUGAUCAAUACCAACAACGCUUUUGGAAAUGGGCUAUUGAAAAUCUUGAAGACAGAGCACGCAAGUGCAUAGAAGAAGAGUUUUAUGCCGACUUCGAAAUCGAUGCUCGAAUCUACAACCAUUAUGUCUCUCUCAUGCCAGGCUCCGGUCCGGCAACUGGGUCAAUGCAACCAAGUAUACGUUCCCAAAUAUGCGGGCGAGGCCUUCCUGGGAGGGCAGCACCACAGCAUUCAUAUAUUACACAUUACUGGAAUCCCAGAAAUCCUAACCGCUCAACCUCGGAGUUCUCUAUAAAUCUAUCGCAGUAUCAAACUACUACACUUCUUGAAUCGAGAACUACGAUUGAAAACGGGACUACAGGGUUAAGAACCUGGAUGGCAAGUUUCGUGUUGUCUCAUUAUGUGAUUAAGCAUCCAGAAGUAAUCACUUCUAGACGUGUUCUUGAACUUGGGUCAGGGAUAGGUUUUCUCGGAAUCGUCGUUGCUAGCCUGCAGAAAUUCUGGGAGAGCAAGGAUCAGUCAUCUCCUUUGUCAUCUCUAUUCCUCACUGAUGUCAACAACGAAGUUUUGCUUCGGUGUCGCGACAAUAUUAAUUUAUCUUGUAACUUGUCUUCCCGACACCACAAUAUCCACUUUUUAAAUCUUGAUUGGUCCGAAUCAACCGACUCCAUCCAGUGCAGCGCAUUGAAAACUUUAAUACAACAUAAGAUAGACCCUGAUGUGAUCCUGGGUGCUGACGUCGUUUUCGACCCAUCUCUAAUUCCGUUUUUGGUUGGGACUCUCAAAAUUGCUCUUUUUCAAACGGAGUCACGGAGUCCCAGAUACGCUAUCAUCGCGCUCACAGUUAGAAACGAAUCGACUGUCAAUAUUUUCAUUGCUCAUGUACGAGAGUCACAUCUUGUCAUUGAGGAAAUGAAUACCGGCAUUGAUGAAACAACUUUUUCAGAGACAUUUGAAACCCAUAGCUCAUUUGAGAGUGUCAAAAUGUUUCGCAUUAUGAAGGCUACUUAA